UUGGGGUUCAGCGUUCCUACAUUGCCCUCUGUUGAGCGCAUUAAUAGUUUCAAAACCUGGAGAAGAGAAAAGGGACACGGAGAAACUCUCAGAGAUAGAUACAAAACUAAGCAGUGGGCGAAUCAGAAGGACUGUUAGGAUGCAGGUAUUUCUUGAGCAGUGGGAGCCUAGAAAUGGAACUGAGGGCGCUAGGGGCAAGAUCUGGGGCACAGAGGCGUGGCCUGGGUGCGGGGGCGUGGCUCUAAGUCAGAGGCGGGGCCACCUGCUGCCGGAGAGAGACUGUUGCAAGAUGGCUACGAUCAGAGAAUACCGGCAACACUGGGCCUCCAGGGCCGAGGUCAACCAACAGGGGGCGUGGUCUGACUAUGGGGGUGUGAACUUGAAAUCAACCCCAGGCUCAGGCUUAAGGGGCUUGGCUCUUCCCUUAAGGGCGUGACUGUCCAAUAGAGGGCCAGGCUCAUGGAUGAGGUCAGCAUGGGCGUGGUCAGACAAUAGGGGCGAGUCCAGAGCUUGCGGAGCUCAUCCAACGCUCCAGCUUCCCGGCCGGCCCCGCAAUGCAGCACUUGCUGGUCCUGUUGCUGCUGCUCUCCUCUGCCUCGGUGCCUCCCUCCACUGCAGCCCCGAUCCGCGAUAGUGACGCCCAGGAGAGCUCCUCGGGUUUUCUGGGUCUCCAGAGUCUACUCCAAAGCUUUAGCCGGCUUUUCCUGAAAGAAGGCCUGCUGCGGGGCAUGGACAGCUUCUUCUCUGCCCCUGUGGACUUCCAGGGCCUCCCUAGGAACUACCACCAAGAAGAGAACCAGGAGCGCAGGCUGGGAAACAACACUCUCUCCAGCCAUCUCCGGAUUGACAAGAUGACCAACAACAAGACAGGAGAGGUGCUGAUCUCUGAGAAGGUGGUGGCAUCCAUCGAGCCAGGAGAGGAGAGCUUGCAGGGUGACUGGAAGGUACCCAAGAUAGAGGAGAAGGAGGCUCUGGUGCCUGUCCCAAAGGCUGUGGACAGCUUCCACCCGGAACCCCACCCCCGAAUGGCCUUCUGGAUCAUGAAGCUGCCACGGCAGAGGUCCCACCAGGAUGCCCCGGAGGGUGGCCGCUGGCUCAGUGAGAAGCAACACCGCCUGCAGGCCAUCCGGGAUGGGCUUCGCGAGGGGACCCGUGAGGAUGUCCUCGAAGAGGGGACCCAGAGCUCCUCUCACGCCAAGCUGCCUGCCCGCAAGACCCACUUCCUGUAUAUCCUCAGGCCCUCCCAGCAGUUAUAGGGGUGCUGCAUGUAUCCCACCCGCACCAGACCCCACCCCAAGCACCAUAUGGAAAUUAAACUUUUUCUUACAUCCAGC